UUUCGAUAUUUUUUAAUCCACACAAACAAUAGCAAAUGUGUAAUUUUUCUAUAAUAUGGACAUCGAGUUAUCGAACGCACCCCUGCCAACUGUUCAGUCCCAGUGUCGCAACCUUUUGAAAAUCAGGUGAAAAAAUAAUAAUAAUAAUUAUUUAACUAUUUAUUAAUUUCUAAUAUUUAUUAUGCUUUAUUCGUAUCUAUGAAUGAACUCAGACCUCAAAAUCCAAGAUUCAUAUGCUGAAAUUAUAAAAAGCCCAAAAUCUAGAACAAUAAAAUUGAGAUCAACUUUAUUUAACAAAAAAGGGGGCAUGAAAAGAACAGGGGAUAAGGCACCCAGCCAAGGGAUGGAAACCCCUUCAAAAAAUCGAACAUCUGGCUCAAUUGCGGUUGAAUAUGUAAUCAACAAUUUGAACAAUUUGUCUGUUUCUUCAAUCCCUUCAACUAGCAGAAGAGUUUAUACACACACAAAACCAAAAAAAGUUGAUCCAAGAGACAUUGACAGGGGGGCAGGUAAGAAAUACUUUUGUCAAACAUGUUUGCAAAAUUACUAUUGUGGAAACUUUUCAAAUUAUCUUGUGAAAAAUACCCUAAACUCGACCUAUUCAAUACAGCAAAAUACUUUACUGAACCAAAACAUUCAGUUUCAGAUUCUUCAAAGAAAAGAAACAGAAGAAGAAUUCGAAAGCCUAAAAAUAAACCUGAACCUACACCAAGUCCUAGCACUAGUAGAGCACAAUUAUUUCCUAAAUCAAGUCCCUUUUUGUCUCAGAAAACUUUAGAGGUAGGAAACUAUACAACUACCAAAAUUGCUGCCUCAAUACCAAAACAGUUAAUUCAGGAAAAGUUUGUUUGUGAUAUUUAUCCAGUCAAAAAACCUACAACAGGUAAACUGUUUAGGAAAAGGAGUACAAAAUUUAAAUUUGUUAAUCUUCGAUCAUUCCUUGGUGCAGCUAAAACUUGUGUUUUUGUUACAGUAAAGAUUUUUACAAAUAAUGACAAAAGCUUUUCAAAGAUGAAGCGGAAAUAUUUUGACUCUGUGGUUUCAAAUAAUCACGAUGAAUUAUCUAUGACAGAAAAUGCAAAUAAUCAUUCUAUUAGUGCUCAAGAAGACACUAAUGAUGAGUUGAGACAAGAGCAUGCAACUCCUAAUAAAAAGAAAACUAGAUUCAGGCCGAAAAAGCACAAAUUGUACAAGUCUGAAAGGAAAUUAGCCAAAGCUGAUGCGAUUCAAUCGUUUCCUCCAACACUAUCGGAAGAAGAAGCAAAAAUUGCUACAAAUUCGAAGGAAUUCGUCCGAGGUUUCAUCCGUAUAAACCCAAAAAAUGCUCGCGAUUCCUACAUAAGCAACAUUGACUCGUCUUUGCCCGAUUAUCAUGUCACCUCGAUUGCUGAUAGAAAUACUGCUUUAGACGGAGACGAGGUUUUAUUGAAAUUGAAACCACAAAGUGAGUGGUUGGAAGGUAAACCCACCGCUUACGUGGUUUACAUUGUAAAUAAAAUCCAUCCUCGGAUCGCGGUGGGACAUCUUAAAAACGCUGGCGGUUCUGUUAAGUUUUUGCCUAGGGACAAACGUAUGCCUGUAAUGGAUGUUCCAUUACUAACUUGUCCUAAGAAUUAUAAAAAGAAUCCUAAGGUUUUUGAAAAUGUUUUGUUUGCCGCUCAGCUAUUGGAAUGGAGUAGUCCACAUGAGUGUUCAGGCAUAAUCACUGAAACCUUGGGUAUAGCUGGUGAUUUACGUGUAGAGACUACAGCAAUUUUGAAAGAAUUUUGUCUAGAUAUUACUCCGUUUACACCAGAAAUGGUGCAGUAUUUGCCUAAAACUAAGGCCAUUCCUGACAAGGAACUAGAAUACAGAGAAGACUUGCGUAAAAGCUGUAUAUUUACAAUUGAUCCUUUAACUGCCAGAGAUUUAGAUGACGCUGUUUCGGUUAAAGAACUACCAAAUGGCCAUUAUGAAGUUGGAGUUCACAUAUCAGAUGCCAGUUAUUAUCUUCCAGAAGGUACUAAUCUCGAUAAAAUGGUAUCUAAAAAAGCAACAACAAUCUACCUAGUAGAUUCAGUUUAUCACAUGUUGCCAGUUGAGUUGUGUUUGCACUGUUCCUUGUUGCCUGGCGAAGAUAAAUUAGCUUUUUCGGUAUUUUGGGAAAUGGAUGAACAAGGCCAGAUUUUCAGCACAAGAUUUUCCAGGACAAUAGUGAAUUCCUGUUCGCAAUUAGCUUACGAACACGCGCAACAAAUGAUUGAAAAUCCCACAAAGGAGUUUGAUUUGCCGCCUAUUUUUAAUGGUUUCAGUGCCAAAGACUUGAGCAAAACUGUAAAUGUUUUGCAAAAGAUUGCAGUGAAUUUACGCGAGGCCAGAAUUAAAAAUGGUUCCUUGAGAAUCGAUCAAACUAAGCUUUUGUUUAGCUUGAAUCCGGGCACUGGAGAACCUGAUGAUUUUAUUGUGUACGAAAACAAAGAAUCACACAGAUUAAUUGAAGAGUUUAUGUUGUUGGCCAAUAUUUCAGUAGCAGAACAAAUCCGCAGCAAAUUUCCAGAUAUUGCUUUCUUGCGUUGUCAUGACCCACCUAAACAAACCAUGCUUGUGGUGGCCCAAAAAAACUUGGAAACUUGUGGGAUUAAUAUUGAUGUAACUUCCAGUGGAAGUAUACAUGAUAGUUUAAGGAAAUAUAUAACCGAUGACUAUAAAGGCUAUUGUCGCGGUAUUGUUCUGAAUCAAAUAUUUGCAAAAGCAAUGACAAGAGCCCGUUAUUUUUGCUCGGGUACAAUGGCAGAUGAAUUAGGCUAUUCACAUUAUGCCCUCAGUGUACCAAUAUAUACUCAUUUUACUUCACCUAUACGUCGUUAUGCUGAUAUAAUGGUGCACAGACUUUUGGCAGCUAGCUUAGAUUACUCUGAUGAACCAAAUUGGAGCAAGGAGGAUGUGAUUUCAAUUGCGGCCAAUUGCAAUGCACAAAAAUACCAAGCAAAAAGAGCUGGAGAGGCUAGUAGUGAUCUUUACUUGGCCCAUUACAUAGAUAAAAGACAACCUUUUAUUCAAGAUUGCGUUGUGGUAGACGUAAAAGACAGAUCAUUUGACGCUAUUGUUCUUAAAACUGGCAGCAUGAUAAGAGUUUAUCAAAAUACGUGUCAAGACAAUCCGUCUUGGAAAGUAGAGGCGAUUCCUUUGAGCUCUCCUAGGCCAGUUAGUCAAAAGCCUGAAUUUGGGCACGAGAAAAAAGUUCUGAGACUGACCCUGGACUUUCCAAUAUCCAAGAAAGUUCCCGAAACUUUGAGGAUGGUUGUGGAAAUGUUCAGUGUAGUCACGGUGCAAUUGAAACGCGUGCCCAAUACCUACAGGUUGGAGGCGCACCUUUUGAGGCCUUUGCCUACUAAAGUUUUCGAAAGGGCCAAUAAUUGAAAAUAUUGAUUGUGUAUUGUGUAUUGUGUUUUAUCAUCAGAUCGAACGUAUAGUUUUUCCAAAGUUAAUUGGAACAAGGUGAACAUAAAUUAUAACUGGUGGCUGACUAGUGGCAGUGCAUUUCUUAUGGAAAUUUUCAGUGACUAGUCAGCCACCAGUUGGUACUUUGUUGCAGUUGAGUUUUGAAAUACUAUACUUUAUUUUAUUCAAGCAACUGCUAGGUAUGUAUACUGUUUUUUCACAUUGAUUUUACUUAUUGUAAAUAAAUUAUUGAAAUAU